CGAGAGUCGCGCGCGUUCACACAGGGCUUUGAGAAUGGCAAGCAAUGAAAACACACCGACUUCAGACGACGAGUCUGUUCAAAAGGAACAAGACAGUUAUGAUAAAAAGUGUAUUUUCUGUAAGAUUGUAAACAAGGAGAUGGACACUGAGCUUCUAUACAGCGAUGAAGAGACAACAUGUUUCAGAGAUAUAAAACCGGGGGCUCCUCAUCACUAUCUUGUUGUGCCCACAAGACACAUAGGGAAUUGCAAAUCACUUAACAAAGAACACAUUCCAAUUGUGGAAAAAUUGGUAGAAACGGGAAAAGCAAUUCUUCAGAAGAAUGAUUUCACUGAUUUAAAUGAUGUCAGGUUUGGUUUCCACUGGCCUCCUUUCCAUUCUGUUGCACAUCUACAUCUCCACGUUUUGGCACCUGCCAGUCAAAUGGGCUUCUUCUCUCGCUUCAUCUACCGCCUAGACUCCUACUGGUUCAUCACAGCUGACCAGUUACUCAAAAGACUAAAAUCAAUGGACUGAAGGAAUGCUGUCAUGCUGCCAUUACAUAUGUUUAAGGAAAAGUGGUGAAGCUGAAGUGCCCGUAGAUUAUGAUUAUUUUAGUCAUUACUUCUUGCAUGUUAGAAAUUUUAUUUAUUUAAUUUUAUUUUAACUGGUGAAUUCUUGAAAAAAAAAUCUACCUUUUACUUCAUAAACCCUGUCGAAUGCAUUUUUAAGAAAUAUCGAUGCCUGCCUGAAUAACCAGAUAAAACUUCAUCUAUUGCUGAGAAAAAUAACAUGUCUAUAUACAGCAUAGUUGUAUAGCAUGCUAUAACUUUCAAUAGCAUGUGAUCAUUUUAUUGGGUAUUUUUAAGGUGUAAUGCAUUCCAAUAAAAUGAAGUUUAGCUAAUUACAAUUACAUUUCCAUACCACUAAUAAAUGUAUGAAGAAUCCACAUAACAGAGAAUAAAGGGCGUGGGUGUGUAUAUAUGAAAGAACUGCUGAUACAAUGGACAUGUUUAGUCCUGAACUCUGAAUACCUGUGUUGUGCAAGGAUGUAAACUAUAUUACUGUAUGUAUACAAAGUUUUAUUGUACAUUUAAUUUAAUUUUAUUUUUUUUGUGUAUUUAUGGAGAUUAACAACCAAGUGUGUCUGAUUUUGCAACCAGUGAUUCAGAGUUUCAGUUUUGAAUAAUAAUGUAUUAAUACAAUUUUUAUUAAUUUACUAUUAAAUGUUAUUAUUUACUCUUCA